AUGAGUCAAUACGACCCGUCGUACGAGUGGCCGGGUGACGACGGCAACGACGAUAUCAGAGACGCAGGGAAUACCACAUCGACAUCUUUCCUGCGUCUUGUUGUCCAGGGCUCAAAUUGUCUACCAACGAAGCGGCGACUGGCUAUCCUCACUGGAUUCCCCGAGGUCCAAUUUGGAAGGGAUAAGCCGGCAGCCAGUUCAGUCACACCUCGCAUUCGCCUGAAGGAAAUGGAAGUGUCCAAAGUGCACGCUACUGUUUUCUGGAAUGGCGCAAAGAAAGAAUGGGGUAUCGUCGACAUGGGCUCAAAACAUGGGACGUUCCUCCGUGUUCACAAUCCAAACAAUGAAAGCCCCACUGUUCGUCUAUCUCCGCCGCGAAUCGCCAGUCUCCCUCGGACUCUGCACCACAUGGACGAAAUAUCGAUUGGGAGUACGAGAUUCACGGUGCAUAUCCAUGAGGGCCACCUGGCAUGCAUCGAUUGUUCCUCAUCUGAUACUAAUGAGAUAUCACUUUUCUCCACGGAUGAGCCGAAGACCAGGGCUUCCGUUUCCUUACACAGUCCUUCGAUCCAGACCCCGCAGAAUCCGAAGAAAUCACUGGCCGUGCUGAAACAAAGCCUUUUGCGACAGCAUUUGACACCGACCACUGGUCCAGGACCGUCUGCGUCAUACGUAGACCGUGCUGCUCGAAGACGAGAGAUUCAUGGAUACGCUGCCGGUGCACCCGGGAUCAGUUCCCAACCUCCCGGUCUAUCGAUGCAAACCGCAGUUGGCUCUGCUGGCCCUCUGAAUGCAGCUUCUUCCAAGGACCCGGUAUCCGACCCACCAGGGCCACUGCCAACGAGCAAUAUCGGCCAUCGACUACUUUCCAAGAUGGGAUGGGAGCCCGGGACGGGGCUUGGGUAUUCAUCGGAUGGGGAAGUCGGUGGAGGGAUCGUUGAACCCGUCAAGGUGAUUCAGCACGAUAAACGAGCAGGGCUAGGAACAAAGCGACCAGCACCCACAGACGAGAGUUGGUGGGAAUCGGAGAAGCAGAGACGAUUUGCUAGAUUUCAGACAGGCCCGGAUGGUACAUAGAUUGAUGAUAAUGUUCUCGUUCCAUUUUGAAAUGUCAAACAUCUGUUGUUGUUUUC